CCAAGCCACAGGAGCUGUCCCAUUCACUAGCACCUCCGCCUUGUACCCUACGCGUUCCCCUCAGCAUCACUCUUGAACACAAGUUCAACCCAACACCCAUUAGCCAAUGACUCAGCCCCAACACCCAACAUUCACCAGAACCAGUAUUGAUCUAUUAACUCCAAAUCUGCCACCGUCUCCUCCAGCCAGUGCUCCACCUCCUGCGACCUCGAACAAGCCGGGAAUGAAAGAUAUCUCACGCGCCGGACUCAGUCCGGGAAUAUCAUCCACGGUGUCUGCGGGAGGAAAAGCAUCCUGAAAGUUGGAAGCAAGUUACAUACGCGUUGACGCGAGGGAUGCGCUCAGGACCAAGGAGGAAUCGCGCUGCAGCGAGAUGGUGGCCCCCAAUGU